GUGUUACGCGACUGUGCGGGGUGGUGUUUGUUGUGACCAGUGCUGGCGAUCGUUGGGGUGUGUCUGAGACAGUGUGGCAGCCAGGACACAACUGGAGGCAAGCUUGGGGUCGGCCAGCAGCUAACGGAUCAACCGCGGUGACGCCUUUCCGAGGAUAUCGACGACCUUCAGUGUGCGAGUGAAUCUCGUCAACCGACGCCGAGCCUGACUUGCAGAUCAUCACGAGGACCCAUCUGAAACGUGAUCACGAGACGAGGUGGCCACAAGUCAAGGUUGUCCAAUUGCACUGCCAGAGACCAAACGAGAAAGACCCGAGAAAUUGCGACGGCAUUACGGCCAAGUCGCGAUGGCCGCCUCCGAGGACAGCAUGGUGAGCCUGUUCGAGUGCCCCGUGUGUUUGGACAGCGUGCUGCCGCCCAUUGUUCAGUGCCGCAACGGCCACCUGGUGUGUUCCAGCUGCAGGGCGAACGUGGAUACCUGUCCCGUCUGUCGGGAACAGCUGGACGACAUUCGAAACCUCGCCCUGGAAAAAAUUGCCGAGAAGGUCAAGUUCCCCUGCAAGUUCAAGUCCUCGGGCUGCACUUUGAUGCUGUCGGCGGCCGACAAGCUGAUGCACCAGGGCGUGUGCCUCUUCAGGUUCUUCAGGUGUCCUCACCCAAGCGGCCAGUGUCAGUGGCAAGGAUGUGCGGACGAAGUGAGAGGACAUCUCCUCAGUGCGCACCCUUUCGUUAGCGCAUUGAAAGACAAGGAGAUUAUGCUGCACUGUGGAAGCCAGCGACGCGGACGUCAUCUCCUACUGGAUGCAGAUGCAGCUUUGUUUCGGGCGCGAGUUCCUCGUGGUCGUGCGUCGAAGGCAGAUAGACGACGACAGGUGGUGUUACUGCGCCGUCGUCCAGAUGAUCGACCAGGAUAACAGCGCGGCAAACGCGUUCGCCUACCACGUGGAGCACAACGGUCCCAACGGCCGGCACGCCCACGAGGGCAUUCCGCUGGGCAUCGAGGAUGACGUCACGGUUGCCCUGGACAACGGCGACUGCCUCGAGUUCGAAGUCACCAAUGAUCACAUUGUACUGUCCGGCGGAUUGGUGCGCGUCAAGUCGACCAUUGUGGACCUCUCGUGAAAGCGCGCUGGCCGUAUUUCGGCCCAUGCUUGAGCCGCAGGUUCCACAUCGUCGCAAGACUGACUUCGCUGACGUGGCCACCCUUUCUGGUUUGUUGACUGUGUUGCGAAGUGCAGUGUUUACAGCACGAUUGAUGCGAAGACUGUGCAGGCUUGAGGCUUUCGAGAUGAUAGCGAACACCCUCGUGAUCGCACGAUGAACUGAUUGGUGAGGUACAGUGUGGAUCGUGUUGUGUAGAGUGAUCUUUCAAGCACGAGCAAGUACUACGGAGAACGUUCAUAUUUGCGCUUGUGACGAUUAGCGAACACCUUUCUGGGCACAUGGUUGACAACUUCGUUGUGAUGCUGUUUUGCUGGUGUCUCACAUACCGAGUUGUGCAGUGUACUGUUAGAAGAGUGAGUGCCACGUGAGUAAACUGCCGUUUUGGCGAUAGGCGAACACUUCAGUGCGCAUGAGCUUCUUCCCUUAUACGUACUGCCCUUGUGCUAAGCUUCAGUUUCAUGAUAUCCUCGUUCUUAGAAAUUACUUACAAUGUGCACGCCUGGAGAUAAUUUUUCUGAUGUUGCAAUCUGUCAAUCAAUGCAUGCGAUACCAUCAGACUGGCACUUCAGAUUGCAUGUCACCAAAAAACACAGCAGAGCGUUGCUGAGACAAACGACGCAGCUGCGUCCCGAUACGGUGGUGAGAUUGAAUACGUUGCAAAUAUUCGACUCUGACCAGAACUGUGAUAUACGAAUGUACAAUGCAACGGGUGACUGUAAGAAGGCGUGUCAACGACGGCUACGCCGAAAUGAUGUAUACUCAUGCUGAACGAGUUGUGUAGAGCGCGGAUGGACGUAAUGGUGCGAGGUAAUGCUUCGAGUGGUGAUUUCCUGUUUUAUUGGUUUUUUUAGUUUGCAGAAAGCGUUUAGUAUUUUAAAGUGUUCUACAAAUCGACAAAUAAAGUGCAUGCUGUUGGUGGAGAAUAAUCGAUUCUCAA